CAUUUCCAAAUCCACAGGAUAUGUGUUAAAUCUAUCAGAAGACAACGCAUCCACAAUACCUCUGGACAUCUACGCAUUAUAUUCCCUUUCUUAAAUUAGCCCCCCCUCAGCGUCGCAAUACCGCCCCCAAUUUCAGUGUCGGUACGGAGCCGCCAGGCCGGGACAGAGACGGAGAGAGAGCCCUCGGCCAUGGAAGCGCUCGGACCCGACCCCCCUAUAGGCCCGUCGGCCCCCACCUCCCUUUUCCAGCCCCCGCGGAGGCCUGGCAUGGGCACUGUGGGGAAGCCCAUCCGCCUGCUGGCAAACCACUUCCAGGUGCAGAUUCCCAAGAUUGAUGUCUAUCAUUACGAUAUCGACAUCAAGCCUGAGAAACGGCCUCGGAGGGUCAACCGGGAAGUGGUGGACACCAUGGUUCGCCACUUCAAGAUGCAGAUCUUUGGUGAUCGACAACCGGGCUACGAUGGGAAGAGGAACAUGUACACGGCCCAUCCACUACCCAUCGGGAGAGACAGGGUGGAUCUGGAGGUGACUCUACCGGGGGAGGGGAAGGACCAGACCUUCAAGGUGUCGCUGCAGUGGGUGUCGGUGGUGAGCCUGCAGAUGCUCCUGGAGGCCCUUUCGGGCCACAAUGAGGUCCCCGAGGACUCUGUUCAGGCCCUGGAUGUCAUCACCCGCCACCUGCCUUCCAUGAGGUACACUCCAGUGGGGCGCUCCUUCUUCUCCCCUCCGGAGGGCUACUACCACCCACUGGGCGGAGGGAGGGAGGUAUGGUUCGGCUUCCAUCAGUCGGUCCGUCCUGCCAUGUGGAACAUGAUGCUCAACAUCGAUGUCUCUGCCACCGCUUUCUACCGUGCCCAGCCUGUGAUCGAGUUCAUGUGCGAGGUGCUGGACAUCCAGAACAUCAACGAGCAGACCAAGCCACUCACCGACUCCCAACGCGUCAAGUUCACCAAGGAGAUCCGAGGUCUGAAAGUCGAGGUCACCCAUUGUGGUCAGAUGAAGAGGAAAUAUCGCGUGUGCAAUGUCACACGCCGUCCUGCCAGCCACCAAACGUUCCCCUUACAGCUGGAGAAUGGCCAGGCCAUGGAGUGUACAGUGGCUCAGUACUUCAAGCAGAAGUACAGCCUACAGCUAAAAUACCCCCACCUGCCCUGUCUACAAGUGGGGCAGGAACAGAAGCACACCUACCUACCCCUGGAGGUUUGCAACAUUGUGGCCGGGCAGCGCUGCAUCAAGAAGCUGACAGAUAACCAGACCUCCACCAUGAUCAAAGCUACAGCACGUUCUGCACCCGACAGGCAGGAGGAGAUCAGCCGACUGGUCAAAAGCAACAGCAUGGUGGGCGGUCCCGACCCCUACCUGAAGGAGUUUGGCAUUGUGGUGCACAACGACAUGACCGAGGUGACAGGCCGAGUCCUCCCAGCGCCCAUGCUGCAGUAUGGGGGCCGGAAUAAGACCGUGGCCACGCCCAACCAGGGCGUGUGGGACAUGCGGGGGAAGCAGUUCUACGCCGGGAUCGAGAUCAAGGUGUGGGCUGUGGCCUGCUUCGCCCCACAGAAACAGUGCAGAGAGGACCUGCUCAAGAGCUUCACAGACCAGCUGAGGAAGAUCUCGAAGGACGCGGGGAUGCCCAUCCAGGGACAGCCGUGUUUCUGUAAAUACGCCCAGGGAGCGGACAGCGUGGAACCCAUGUUCAAACACCUGAAGAUGUCCUAUGUGGGACUGCAGCUCAUCGUGGUCAUCCUGCCUGGCAAAACCCCUGUCUACGCGGAGGUGAAGCGGGUAGGAGACACUCUCCUGGGCAUGGCCACUCAGUGUGUCCAGGUGAAGAACGUGGUGAAGACGUCCCCCCAAACCCUCUCCAACCUCUGCCUCAAGAUCAACGCCAAACUGGGUGGCAUCAACAACGUCCUUGUGCCCCAUCAGAGACCCUCUGUGUUCCAGCAACCUGUCAUCUUCCUGGGGGCGGACGUUACUCACCCUCCAGCCGGCGACGGCAAGAAGCCCUCCAUCGCGGCGGUGGUGGGCAGCAUGGACGGCCACCCCAGCCGCUACUGUGCCACGGUGCGCGUGCAGACGUCGCGCCAGGACCUGUCCCAGGAGCAGCUGUACAGCCAGGAGGUCAUCCAGGACCUGACCAACAUGGUGCGCGAGCUGCUCAUUCAGUUCUACAAGUCCACACGCUUCAAGCCCACCCGCAUCAUCUACUACCGCGGCGGCGUGUCCGAGGGCCAAAUGAAACAGGUGGCGUGGCCGGAGCUGAUAGCAAUCAGGAAGGCCUGUAUCAGCUUGGAGGAGGACUACCGACCGGGCAUCACCUACAUCGUGGUUCAGAAACGCCACCACACCCGCCUCUUCUGCUCAGACAAGGCCGAGAGGGUUGGAAAGAGUGGCAACGUCCCAGCCGGAACCACUGUGGACAGCACAAUCACUCACCCCUCCGAGUUUGACUUCUACCUGUGCAGCCAUGCUGGGAUCCAGGGCACCAGCCGGCCCUCCCACUACCACGUCCUGUGGGACGACAACUGCUUCACGGCCGACGAGCUCCAGCUGCUCACCUACCAGCUGUGCCACACCUACGUCCGCUGCACCCGCUCAGUCUCCAUCCCCGCGCCAGCCUACUACGCCCGGCUGGUGGCUUUCCGCGCCCGCUACCACCUGGUGGACAAAGAUCACGACAGUGCGGAGGGCAGCCACGUGUCGGGCCAGAGUAACGGUCGGGACCCCCCUGCCCUAGCCAAGGCAGUCCAGAUCCACUAUGAUACCCAGCACACCAUGUACUUCGCCUGAGCCACGCCAGCAAUGGGUGCAGUUCUGUCCCAUCUCUCUCCUCUGUCUCUCUCUCUUUUUUUGCCAGUCUCUCUAUUUCUCUUGCGUGUUGAUCUGCACCAAAGCGGUUCGAAGCCAGUGAAGUGUGCCAAUGGAGUAUUUUCCUUUUCGGGGAAAAAACGACAUCCGGCGUUCCCGAUUGAGCCGCCUUUUUACCAGCAAUCCGGCACUGAGAGACCGUGGGGUUUCCAAUGUACAGAGAAAGCAAAUACACGCAUACACAAGUUGAGCCAUUUUAUUUUUUAUUUUUCCUUUUGAAUGUCUUUUUUGUGUGUUUUUUUUGUAACACUGAGCAAUGGAGUGGACUGAUGCCAAUCGUCAGUGGCAGCUCUUCUAGCUAAGCAGGACUCUGUCUACUUUUUACCUCAAAGCCCCUUUGGGUGAAAACCUGUCAUAAGGUCUUGGGUUGGUGGGGGUCAUUGGGGGUAUGCGUGGAAACAUGGGUGGGGUGGACCUUUUUUUGAGAAUAUUUUUUCUUUCCUUUUAUGAUCAUGUUUUUCCUUUCUCCUUUUCUUCAGUCUUACAAGCGAGGUCACCUGGGUAUCCAUACCCAUUACUCUUUCUUCUCCCAUUUAGCGAAGAAUAAGUGUGUUUGUGUAUAUACGUGUGCGUGUGUGUCUUUGCGUGUGUGUGUUUCAUGGCAGGCCACUGAAUUGUAAAGGGAAAAUCAAGGAGAUAACUGCUGUAAAUGCCUCAGAUUUGAUGUUUUUAUAUUCACACAUUACAUAUAUAUAAAUAUUUACAUCUAUAGAACAGAUUGAACCAUACAGACUUCACAGAGGCCGGUGGGUAUAUGUGUAGCAGUAGCAACCGUGGUUUAGCCGGUGUGGCUGACUGGGCAAUGGGACCUAAUUGAAUGGUUGAGAGCUUCGUGAGGGUUUACGGCAUUGGGCUAAGCCGUCUUAGUUGGUGCCCCGUGUGAGGAAGGGGAUCCAUCCCUUAAACUUGUUUGUCUCAACGGUUAUGACAUUGUUGGGGUGGAGCAUGUUUUUUAGCAAGGCGCUAGUCGUCUGAAUUUUUCAGAGCAGGAAAACGCAUUCACUUAACUUUUGGGGUCUCCUUUGCUACCGGCCAAUUCAUUGCACUGACCGGGGAUGCUAGGUAAGCAACAGAGGGCACUCUUCUCUUACCUUUAUGCAUUUAUACAUACAAAUCAAAAAGCAGAAUUUGUAAGAGUUUAAUAUAAAACUGUUUUUGUGGCUAAUCUUAACUAUUGUUCAGACAUAGUUGGUAUAUUUGAUGUUGUUCUUAUUGUUGUUGUUAAUGUUCUUAUAUACGAUUAUGAUAAUUAUCAAACCGGCAGCAACCAGAUGUGUAGUUAGGAGAUCAGUGGCUGGGUUUAGAGUUAGACACUUUGUAGCAUUCUGGCCUCCGGCGUGGGGGAGGCCCAAGGUGGGGGGCCUCCGGCGUGGGGGAGGCCCAAGGUGUAUCGGUUUAUGCGCCCUUCUGCUCCUCAGUUAUGUAGUAGUUUAUGGUGUUAGGGAAUGGUUUGGCUGUGUUCUCCAGUAGGGAACAUCUGUGUUGAUCUAUCACUGUUACUCCUGACUGGUAAAACAGGAGGUUACCAUCAGUGCUCAUCUGGUGAGUAUUCUUGGCAGCAGGGGGUUUCGGUUCGAAUGGAUGAAAGGUGACAAUCAGAGCUGGCAUUAGGAAGAAACUGGGACAGACAGUGGUAAACAAAGAGGUAUGCAAUAGGCAAUGAGUUACAUUUUUAGAACUUCAUAAUGUGUUUCUAUGAUAGUUUGUGUGUAUUUGAACAAGUAUAUCUAUCCAAGUCUAAACUUCUGGUAUUUUUUAAUGAAAUAAUGUUUUGAACACCAGAUAUGAACAUAAAGCAUAAGCACUGCCCUUGGAUCUAAUGACACCUGACCAGUCACGACCGUGGUUAAAGAUCCCAUUUAACCACAGUCGUGGGGUUGGGUAUGGUUGUGCAUAACUCGCGGUGAGGAUGGGGCGGGGGUCGACGGCGGCGUGCACGCCUCGUCAGGGGGGGUCGGCUCAGCGAGAAACCCUUUUGUAAUAAACCAUACGUUAAGCAGCAGGUUUGCUAUGAAUGAGUUUUGAGCGCCUACCUGUCGAGGGCGUGGGCGCUUGCCUAUGGGAGGGGAAGCAUGGUGGCGGUCCAGGCGUUGCAUGCAGUAAGUUUGAGGGGCGGGGGCUAAGCUGUUGUGGAGACGUGCACUAGUUUCCCCACGCGGCAAGGGUGCUGCGUUGAUUCAGCCUGGUGUGGUAGUCUGCAGAGUGUGUUCCUGUGGGUGUGGCCAGACUGGAGCAUUGUCCAGGAUGUGGGUGUGGUCUCCUAGCAGGGGAUCCAAAGGCGGUGAUGACUCCCCAGUUUUGAACAUAUUAUCAUUGCAAAGCAAUAUUAACCCAGAAUCCAGUUUUCGAAUGAGGAAAAAGCUAUAAUUCUUCUCGUCGACGUGGCUGUUGGUCUGCUCUCUGUCGCCGUUUGUGUUUCUGUAACUAGUUUUGUUGCCUGUAUCAAUCAGUGGGAAUGUGCAUUCAGUGGACUAGCUAUUUAGGCUCUGAGAAUAAACAUUUAAAAAAAGGUAACAUUUAAAAAAGGUAACAUUUAGACUUUGCUCGCCUGCAUGCCAGAGUAUUGUCUCUAAAAAAAAUCUCUUUAGAAUUAUAUUUAUUAAGAGACAGGAGGGGGAAAAAAUAAAUGUUCAUGAAUUUAGUGAGACUGUUAUAGGCUAGCAAUAUCGUCCACUCUCCUCGAGACGUAUUUGAAAGAUUCCUACACAAAUGUCAGUAAAAAAACGGAGGCACAGGCCGCUAGAGGCUGAGCGUUCCAGCCUUUAUGUCGUGGCCCGAAGACAAACGAGGUACUUUCUUCAAAAGUGGGCCCGGUAAAGACUUGAACUCUCGCCCCCGCACAGGCUUCAGUGUAGCGUCCAUUUAGGCCUCCACUUCCUGGUUUGUGCCCCUGCCACGCCUCUUGGGGCUGUCCUGUCUCGUGGCGCCACCCACACAAGCGCACUUCCUCUCUGUGGGGGGCCUCGGCCCAAGGUGUCCACGGCCACAGGAAUACCUCCUUUUUAACCUUUUUAACGAACCAUUCUUUCUGUGCCCCGUUUGAAAGAGAGCAUGAUUUUAUUUUUUAAUUCCUCUUUGAUAUAAUGACUACAGGUUUGUUAUUUGACAUUGUGUAAUUUAAUUUUCUUCUUUAUUCUGGUGUGUAGCUCUGCUGUUUUCUGCUAGUGGUCUGAGCUGUGUGACUGUCCAAUGGCAAUAGAAAGGUACCCUGUCUGACCUGCUGGGGAGGGGGGUGGGGCUUCCUCAGGUCCCUCCCACAAAGGCGCCUAAUCACUCGCUGUAUUGCUAUGUGACAUGUUGAAUUUUUUUUUUUUUUUUAGCCUGCAGGGAAUAUUUGUGUUAUUGUGCAAAGUAAUAAAUUGGUAUUUUAUGCCUAUAUCAGC